UAGGGUCCCUAGCCAGAACUGUAAACAUCAAACUGAACGCCGCAUAAACGUGUUUCUUGAUCGGCGUUCAAAAAUAUAAAUAAUUUUAAAAUAAAUAGUACUAAUUGUCAGUCUAAUUACCAUGAACGAUAAUCUUUCGGAUUUAAAAACAGAUGAAACUGCUCAAGUGGAUAUUUCUAAUAUAGACAAAUUAACGCAGUCCUAUUUAUUGUUAAAAAAGAGAAUUACUGGAACUCAUGAAUUAAUCAAAAAAUAUAAUGAUAAAAUAAAAGAAUGUGAACAACUAAAGAAAGAUCUAGAUACAUCAAAUAAAUAUGGGAAAGAAGUAACAUUUAAUUAUAAUUCUACUUUAUCAAAACUUAUUAAAUUUGAACUUCAAAAUACAGAGUAUAAAAAAAGUAUUGAAACUAUGACUACCCAAAUAAAUGAAGCUAAUAUCAAGGCAGCAGCUGAUCAGCAGCAUAUACAACAAUUAAUAUGUAAAAUAAAGGACAUAGAAGAAGAUCAAAAUCACAAGAGAAUACAAUAUGACUUAGAAAAAUCCUCACUUCAAUUAAGAAUCAAGGAAUUGGAACAGGAGUUAAAAAAUGUAAAAAGAUCCUAUUCUACAAAAAAGAAAAAGAUAGGAAAGAAAAUUUCUAUAGAAAAUGAAAAUAAACCAAAGUUACAGGAUAUUGGAACUAAUACAUUGACUACAAAUACAAUAAUGCAAAAUCCGAAAGUUGCACAUAAAAGCGUAUCAACCGACGAUUUGUAUAAUAGCAAAGAUAACAUGUAUCCUAUAUAUUGUGACAAGUGCUGUGUUUUGUUAGAUCCACCUCCUAUUGAAAAAAUAUGCAACAUUAUGAGUAAUUCAUGUCCAAAACUUAUUGAAAAGAUUGAAUCUCCACCAAAAAGAUUUCCACCUCCACCAUUAAGAUCUCCAUCUCCAUUACAACCUUCAAUAGAUAUAAAGAAUGGACAAAGAUGUAAAAUUGAAACGUUGUCGACAUUAUCAGACACUUCUUCGCAGCAUUUACCGAACCAGAACAGUCGUGUAGAGUUCAUUUCAACAAGUCUAUUAACGCCCCAUACUAUUUCGUUAGGUCGCUCAGACUAUUGUAAUACCUUUCCUCUGACAUCGAAUUUAAUAGAUCCAAGUACAUACUAUAUCGGAUCGACGCCACUUAAUCCGUUAUCAAGGACAGAUUCGAAUACAACUAAUCAGGAUAAUCAUUGUGAGAAUAUGGUAACGCCUUCGUUUUCGAUUAUGUUAUCGUUACAAAAAAGAAUCGAUACGUUGGAAAUGAAAAUGAAGAUGCAGGAGAAAUUAAAUAAAAAGAGCUUAAAUCAAAGCAAUAGUUGUUGUCAGCAUCAUCAUAUAAAUGCUUGUAGUAUGUAUGAUAUAAAUAACUCUACACAAUUUAAUUUCAGUAAUUUAAGAAAACUGAUGGAUGCUUACAGAAGAAAAGAAACAAAAAAAUUGAAUAGGUAUAAAACAUUGACGAAAUUAUCUCGAUUGAAAUGCAAAAGGCUACAAAACGUGCAUACUGGUUUUUGGAAAAUUGAAUCAAUUGUUAACAAAACUGAACGAACUUCUAAGAAAAAGCCUAAGAAGUGUAAGUAUCGACAUUCGUUUCUCAGAAAAUCUGAUAAUUUGUUACAUAGUACAGAAGACAUAGAAGAGUUGACUGGUGACAGUAAAACAAAUAUUAAUGUACAAUCUAAAAGCAUAUUACGUAUAAGAGAAUCUAACUUGUCUUUAAAUUCUGAUCAUACGAAUAGAAACGAAGCUGAAGCAAAAAUAGUACGAAAUUUGGUUGAAUGUAGUAAGUCUGUAGGAGGUGAAACUGAUUCAGGAAUAUUAUCGGAUACUAUUGAAUCUGGUAAACUGAUCCGAUCUGAAGGAAAUAUGGACAUAUAUUCGACACUAACAGAGCAUAAAAGCGCGAUAGAAAAUGAAUCAUGUUCUAUUGAGCAUAUUAAACCGGUAAACGAAUCACCAAUAAAAGUAGUACACGUAUCACAUUUAGUAAAAUUGAAUAAACCAACUGAAAAAACUAAUACUUUAAAUAUAGACAUGUUAGAAAUGCCACAAUCUGAUAGUUUAAUACCUCAGAUUGAAACAAAUAAUUUUAAUAUUGACAAUUCUACAAAGAAAAGGAAAGUGGGUGAAAGCGAAUUUAAAAAAUCCGUUGUUCGAUUAAAGUUGUUGGAAAAAAUAAAAAAUUUAAAGAAGAAUAGUAAAAUCAUGAACACAUGUCAAAAUGCGUUGGAACAUCAAGAUAUGCACAAUUAUGAGCAUGAAAAUGGUAAUAUAUCUGAAAAACAAAAAGCUUUAGACAAUAAUUCUGGAGUAGUCAAAAAGGAUGAUUAUAUACCUAAAAAGAAACCUCGCAUUGCACACGUACCUAAGAACACAGUGAUUAAACGAAAGAAAUUAAACGAUGUUCCAGAGUUCAAGAAACAAUUAGUAAAAGAUUUAGAAAAUGCCAACUAUACUGAUUUAAAUGAAUUGAAAGGGGAUAAUAAUGAGUUACAAAAAAUUUGUGGUAAUAAUAUACAAGAAACUCAAUUAAUUUCUUCGAAGGCACAUUCUAGUAGUACUGAAAAUAUUGUAGGAGAUCCUGUUCACAAAAUAGCAGUUACCGAUAUUAAAAAUUUACAAGACACAAACAUAACAUUCGAAACAAAUAAUAGGUAUAGUCUACUUGAUACUACACACAAUACUAAUUCUUUGGAAGAGAUAAUCGAAUUGGAUGAGAAAAUGACUGAUUCGAAUAAGAAUGACGAACAUUUGAAAUAUGUAUGUGAAAAUAAUUCUCUAGAUGAAGAUUCUCUAAGAGAAAUCAACAAAACAGAUACUAUGAGCAAACAAGAAUUAUUAAAUUUCAAUGACAUGUCUUCCACUGAUACUUCAGAGAUAAAUAAUAUAAGUGAAAGGAAUUUAUGUAUUGAAGAAAUAACACGCACGAAUGUUUGUAUUACACAGGAUGAGUCUGCUAUAAAACAUGAACUAAAAUCGUACGGUCUACUUAAAAUAUUGCAAAAACAUAUUAAUGAUAAUCCAACUAAGAAAAAUAAGAAUAUGCAUAAUAAAAAAUUUUUACAUAUCGGCCUAAUGGCAGAUAAAUUCGUCAGUAAACAAUUACAAAGACUGGUAGAUAAUGAUUGGCAGAAUUCCAUACAUUGGGAUGUGAUUGAAAAACUGCAAUUUACCUGUAGUUCUCGUAUUAUAGCUAAAGGAAUUAUAGAAUUCUUAAGCACAGAACAGGAACAUAACAAAAAUUUAGAUAAUCAUUAUACACCACCUGCACCGUUAAUGACGAAAGCACAGCAAAGAAUAGCAGCAUUAUUAAUUGACCUAGAAAAAUCAGAUCCCACUAUAUUUCAAUUCGUUCAAGUUGGCAUAGAGUACAAACUUUUUAGAUUUAACCAAGCAAUAGAGAGACAUGUGUUACAAUCUCUUGCUAGAAUGUAUACAGUUUUAGCACGAAUUAAAAAGGAUCGAGAAAAAAUGAGGAUAUUUUGUUGCGAUGCUUUGUAUUGUUUGGGAGUACAUGCAAUACUUAUUUUAUAUACAGUAUUCACUUGUUGGCCAGAAAUAUUUCCAAAUAAUGAAACAAGUACUAAUAGAUUAUUGCCAAAAUGUAUGGCACAUUUAAUUAUGACACAGCAAGCUAAAGACUACCCUAAACUUUAUGCUUUAAAAAAUUUGGUGUCAAUGUACUACAAAUAUCCAAUGGGAACAUUAUCGAAAGAUUUGCUCAAAGAACUUUUGACUGCACUUCAAGAAAGAAAUGAUAGUGAAGUAGAAAUCGCUGUUAUACUUCUUGCAAAAAGAGAAGGAGCUACAUGGACGUACACGAACAUUGUUAAGGGUGCAUUGUUAUCUAUGAUAAUUAACAAGAAAUUUCCGAGCACAUAUCGAGCGUUUUUUUUAUUAGGUAAUUUGAUGCGUGCAUUCCCAAUAGAAGAUAAAGAUAAUUUAGUUGGUCAAAUUGUAGAACAACUGUGCGAUUUAAUCAAUUCCGAUGAAGGAUCGGAUGAGCAAAAAGAAGGAGUUUUCUCAGCAUUGUUGAGUUUAUCGAGGCAUAAAUUUGAUAAAGUGAUACAGAAUACGUUAAAGUGGAUUCCAUCUGUGCCAUUGCAUGUUCGAACUAUAGAACAAAUCAGUGGAUUAUUUAAUACGCGUAACUCAGAUUUUUGGAGGGCUUAUUUAAGAAAAAACAGACAACUGAUCGUUACUUCGAAAAAAAAUAAAACGUAAUGCAUAGUUCUUUUAA